UAGAUGGGAAUAUAUGCCAUUAUUUUCAUGCAUAACACAAUCUAAACCCAUAGCACCGUUUCCUGUGAUGUUUAAUUUUUGUUGCCUGGUUGGACUUCUUGCCCAGUAUUGUGGUUUAUUAACUAUUAGUGAAGAUUGCUGCACGUUGGAGUCACGGAGAUGUCCAGACGUAAAAGUGCAAACGUGGCGGUCUGCCUGGGGAUUAACACAUACGGCUCUAAAUGUGGGUAUGUUUGGUCCAAUCUGAGCCAAGGGAUGGAACAUCUACCACUGAAUGUUGUCAGUAGACUGACAGCUAUGAGGCCAGCUUGGCUGAGAGGAUUAGUGAGGAACAACAAUCUGCACCCAAAUGGCCCAAAAUAACCCUGAUCGAACAAAUGCUGUCGGUAUAUAAAGAAAUUUCGGGGAUUGGUUUUUCUUUCCUUUUUGUUUUGCCCAAAUGGUAGUGGUGCAACAAGCCAACUAUUCUUUCUUUUAAGUGAAAUACACUGCAACAGAUGUGUUGUCAACAAUCUAAUAUGGGGAGGAGGGAUACAGGGGGAUUAAAUCAUAACAGCGCUUUGGUGAUUUGCCAGAGCUUUAGCUCAGAUGAAACGGGUCGUAGGGACUCUGGCUGUCGACAUUGGCAGCAGACAGGAGAACAUGCGAGCGCCGGCCGUGUGAGGACCCGAGAGGGCGAGCAAGUGGCACACAAUAUACCUUAAAACUAAAACGCUCCAUCAAGAACACCUUGACGGUAUAGAGGAAAUUAACAGGUUUCACCAGCUGACAUGAGGCUGACCACCGCUGGAGUCAGGGCCCGAAGGGCCGCAGAGCUUCAGGAACCAGAAGUAGAGAAUGCAACAGAACCGGUUCAUCAUGAGCCCUCCAAAACCGCACACCACGAGAAGUCCAAACCAGAACAUCAUCCGAGCCACGACUACAGCCACAUGAAGGACAAGUUCAUGAAUGAGUUUAGUCGACUGCCAAUGCCAAUGUGGGCAGUAGGAGCUAUCCUUAUGGUGGUCCUGGUGUUGGUGGCGUGCUUUAUCUUCUGUGUUUUCAAGAAAUGCUUUGGGAAAAAGAAAAAGCCAAAGAAAGCAAGGGAGAGGAAGGCAGGCCGCCGCCGGGUGGCAAAGGAAGAUGAACAACAAACAACAGAAAACGAGGGGGAGGUGAAAGAGGAGGGACAGAAAGAGAUGAAAGAACACGAAAAGUUGGGUAAACUGGAGUUCUCACUGGAUUACAACUUCACAGAAACUCAGCUCAUCGUGGGGAUCCUCCAGGCUGCCGAUCUUGCUGCCAUGGAUAUGGGAGGAACCUCAGACCCCUAUGUCAAAGUCUUUCUCUUACCAGACAAAAAGAAGAAAUAUGAGACCAAAGUUCAACGCAAGAAUUUAUGCCCUAUUUUCAAUGAGACAUUCAUCUUCAAGAUUCUAUAUGCAGAGUUGGGUGGGAAAACAUUGGUACUGCAGGUUUAUGACUUUGACCGUUUCUCCAAACAUGACAUGAUUGGGGAAAUAAAAAUUCCCAUGAACAGUGUUGAUUUGGGCCAACCAAUACAGCAAUGGAAAGACUUGGAGAGUGGAGAAAAAGAAGAGCAAGAAAAGCUUGGUGAUAUUUGCAUUUCCUUGAGAUACGUCCCAACUGCUGGGAAACUGACAGUGAACAUUAUGGAAGCAAAAAACCUGAAGAAAAUGGAUGUAGGCGGUUUAUCAGAUCCAUAUGUGAAGAUUGUUCUGCAGCAAAAUGGCAAAAGGAUUAAGAAGAAGAAGACAACAGUGAAGAAGAAUACAUUGAAUCCAUAUUUUAAUGAGAGUUUCAGUUUUGAUGUACCAUUUGAGCAGAUACAGAAAGUCCAAGUCGUCAUCACAGUGUUUGACUAUGAUAAACUUGGAAGCAAUGACCCAAUUGGAGGGACCUUCAUGGGCUACGGGGCCACAGGAGUCGGCCUCCGCCACUGGUCAGACAUGCUGGCCAACCCCAGGCGUCCAAUAGCACAGUGGCACACGCUUAUGUCAGAAGAAGAAGUGGACGCCGCACUCAAAGCCAAACCUCGUUAAUGUCAUGCCAUGAUCAUUUUCAGAAAACAAAAUAUCUGACACGUCUCAGUGUGAACCCUGAUGUUCUGUCGAUUAUAACUGAACCUUUUGUUUGCUUUCAGAUGUAUUAAAAUGUGUGUUAUACUGAUACUUUUUAUAAAGUUUGGUUAUCAAAGUCUUUUCCACUCCUAUAAUUCCCUUACAUCUAUAA